AUGUCGACCUCUACCUCCCAGAUCCUUAACAUCGACUUCGAUCCAAAGGCUCCCUUCCCAGACUCCGUCUUUGAAUCGUCGUUCGGCUACAUGGACAGCGGCCUCGACUACUUCCAGUAUCCUCCCUCGUCCCCUCUUGGUGUUCCCGUCGGUCUGCCCCAGAGCAGCCCAAACAUGGACUACAUGCCCAUGAAUGAGUACACCUACACAUCGCCCUACGGACCCCCGUCUCCCCAGCGCCCCUUUACCCCGGCCGAAAGCAGCGCAAGCAGCAGCAGCAGCACCGGCGUCGCCCCACAGACGCUCAGCUACCCCCUAAGCGCCGGUGAGCUCUCUUCUGAUGGCAUGGCCUCUGGCCGCAUCAGCCGCGGCAGUGGUUCUCACUCGCCCCCGGCUGUGUCCUACGCCGCCACCGUGCCCCGCUCCCACCGCUUCAACCCCAUCGCUGUGCCCGCCAACAGGCCCAGCACCCGCGCAGCUGCCGCCCACAAGCGCACACGGUCAACAAGGGACCACGACGACUCCGAUGACGAUGAUGACGAGGAAUUCAAGCCUGGAUCCAUUGCUGGAGCCACCGACGCCCCUCGGGACACGCGCCGCGAGACUGUUCGCAAGCAGCGCAUCGAGUCCGAGCAACGUCGCCGCGAUGAGCUCAGGGAAGGCUACUCUCGCCUCAAGGAGUACCUCCCAGCUUCGAACCAGAAAGCCAGCAAAGUCUCUCUUCUUGACCGAGCUACAAGCCACAUAAGGUAUCUCGAAGCAGUCAAGGAGCAGCUAGAAGUUCGCCUCAAGAGCGCUGAUGCCGAGGUCGCCCGUCUUCGCCAUGUCAAUGAGGCGUUGAUGCUCGGCCGCAUCCCUGGAGCACCCGUUCCUGCCGCCGCUUAUGCUGACUGCCUGCCCUCGAUGAACCCCGCUGACAUCACCGCCCCCACAAAAUUCUCGUGA